ACCCUAAUUUUGUCCCAAAAGACGAAUCUUGAAGGGGAAAAAGAUGGUUUUUUACUUCAAAACCCGACCCGAAGCUGGCGAUUACACCAUCUUCAUGGGUCUUGACAAGUACGAAAACGAGGAGCUCAUCAAAUACGGUUUCAUCGAAGAUAUCUGGUUUCAUGUGGAUAAAAUAUCUUCUGCCCAUGUUUAUUUAAGACUUCAAAAAGGUCAAACCAUUGAUGAUAUAGGUGAAGGUUUGCUCGAAGAUUGUGCUCAGCUUGUCAAAGCUAAUUCCAUCCAAGGCAACAAGGUGAACAAUAUUGAUGUUGUUUACACUCCAUGGUCCAAUUUGAAGAAAACUCCUUCCAUGGAUGUUGGCCAAGUUGGCUUUCACAAUUCCAAGAUGGUUCGGACCGUGAGAGUGGAGAAGCGGAUAAACGAGAUAAUUAACAGGUUGAACAAGACUAAAGUCGAAAGGAAACCUGACUUGAAAGCUGAGAAAGAAGCAGUUUAUGCAGCGGAAAAAGCAGAGAGAAAGCAACAGCUGAGAGAAAAAAAACGACGAGAGGAGCUUCAAAGGCUUGAAAAGGAAAGACAAGCAGAAAUAAGAAGUUACAAGGGUCUGAUGGUCUCUGAAAAUAUGAUAUCAAACAAACAAAUUGCAGCCACAAGCAAAUCUCUCCAGGAACUAGAGGAGGAUUUUAUGUGAAAUUUAUCGGUAUUUCAUCACGACUACGAAUUAUUAUAGCUGCCGGAAACUUGCUGUCCUUCAAAGAAGGGUGUUUUCUGUUACCUGACUCAGGUUAUUACCUCCAUCGGUUUUGAUAAGAAAAAAGAGAAUACAAAUGGUAGAGCGAAGUCAAGCUCGAAUGUGGGCGAGAUGAACUUCUGCAAUAGGUGCCCUGGAUUCUACCAAACAUUAUUCGAAUCUCCAUUGUUGAUUAGGUGUUGCAUCUUCUUUGAUUUAUGUUCUAUUCUGAAUGCAAAUUUGCAUGAUCAUGCCAUAUGGUAGCAUGGUUCUAAUAUU